AAGGUGAUGGCGGCGGCGGCGGCGGCGGCGGCUCUGGGGGCCGAGGUUGGCGUGAGGAUCGCGCUCUUUACCGCCUUUGUGGUGAUGGAGCUUCUCCCGCCCUUCCAGAGGCUCAUCCAACCCGAAGAGAUGUGGCUGUACCGCAACCCCUACGUGGAGAACGACCACUUCCCUACCAAGCCUCUGUUUUUGAUUGUGUUUCUGUGUCCCCUCUCUCUGAUCCUUCUGGUUAAAUGUCUUAAGAAAGCAGAUGGAGCAGACACCAAGCAGGCGUGCCUGGCUGCCAGCCUCGCCCUUGCUUUAAAUGGAGUCUUCACCAAUACAAUAAAGCUGAUAGUGGGAAGGCCUCGCCCUGAUUUCUUCUAUCGUUGCUUCCCAGAUGGACAAGCCAAUUCUGAACUGAUCUGCACAGGGGAUGAGGAGGUGGUCACUGAGGGCCGAAAGAGCUUCCCCAGUGGGCAUUCUUCUUUUGCAUUUGCUGGACUGGCCUUCACCUCCUUCUACCUAGCAGGGAAGUUACACUGCUUUACUCCACAAGGCCGUGGAAAAUCCUGGCGGCUCUGUGCCUUCCUAUCACCUCUCCUCUUUGCAGCUAUCAUUGCUCUAUCCCGAACCUGUGAUUACAAACACCAUUGGCAAGACGUGCUGGUUGGGUCCAUGAUUGGCCUGAGUUUUGCCUACCUCUGCUACAGGCAGUAUUAUCCGUCCCUGACUGAUGCUGAAUGCCAUAAGCCAUUCCACUGCAAACAUAUACUUCCUACCACACAGAAGUUUAUUGUUCCCCAUUAUAGACUUGAUGUUUAGCAACUUAACCCACCUACCUCAGAAAAGAACAGUGAGAGCAUCCCCUCCUGUCUUUGAUCUAUCCCACUCAGAAGACAUGGGUUUCAGGCCCUUCUUUUUACCUCUUAAAUGCCACAAGUGUAGACAUGGGCAAAACUGAACUCUGUCUUCCUACCUGGAUACAUCCAUAACAGUUCUUUUCUACUACUGUAUCAUGACAAUAUGUUGUUGGGGGAGGCCUUUUGAAAAAUAGAAGAAUCAAGUUCAUUGUGAUAAAGGUGUUUUUGCUUAAUUGUCUCAGACAAUUGAUCACGGCCUUAAGGUUACUGCAGGAUAUCAAGAUGAUGGCAGUCCAGGCUUUAGGGGCCUGUGGACCGGCUUGGGUGGCCACUGACUCCUUGGCAAUGGGAGGAGGUAUCCUUUCUGAUGAGGAGGCUACUACUGGCUCGGAGAGAGAGAUUAUGAUGGCUGCAAGGAAUGAUUUGGAUCCUUACAAUAUGCUAGUCCCAAAGGCAGCUCCAGGGACUAACGAGGAACCCAGCCUGGUCCCUUCCAUCACUGACAGGUGAUUAGCGGGAUUGUUAUCUGUAAAGAGGACAGCAGUGCAGUCAUCUGGUUCUAGCUUCACAAAGGCGAGAUAAAGCAUUGCCCUAACUGUGGAAUCCAUUGCAAGCUGGUACCCCACCAGUUGAGCCACUGAACCCUUGGGUUGGUUUAUUUGAGAUGUGUCACAAUGUUUUCUUCCCUCCAAUAAAAGACUAGCCUUUCUCUGA